AUGAAACCAGGAGGUAUUUGGUUGCAUCUCACACUGCUUGGGGCCUCCCUGCCAGCUGUGCUGGGAUGGAUGGACCCAGGAACCAGCAGAGACAAGAAUGUGGGCAUGGAGGCGUCACAGACUGAGGAGUCCAGAAGCUUUGAAGUCACAAGAAGAGAAGAGUUAAGCCAUGAGAAUGAGCUGCUGACCUCCUGUGGGAAGAAAUUCUGCAGCCGUGGGAGCCGGUGUGUACUCAACAGAGAGACGGGGGAGCCAGAGUGCCAGUGCCUGGACAGAUGCAGGCCCAGCUACAUGCCUGUGUGUGGCUCCAAUGGGCAGUUCUAUGAAAACCAUUGUGAGCUUCACCGGGCUGCUUGUCUGUUGAAGAAGAAAAUCGUCAUUGUCCACAGCAAGGACUGCUUCCUUAAAGGUGACACGUGCACCAUGGCUGAGUACACCCGUCUGAAGAAUGUUCUUCUGGCACUCCAGACCCAUCUGCAGCCACUCCAAGAAGGGGACAAUGGGCAAGACCAGCCCUCCCAGAAGCGCCUCCUGGUGGAGUUUCUGUUUAAGGACUUGGAUGCAAAUGAUAACGGCCACCUCAGCAGCUCCGAACUGGCUCAGCACAAAAUGAAGGAGCAGGACACGGAUGAGGACUUCCUGGGCUGCUCACUGGGUGAUCUUCUCCGCUUUGACGACUACAACAGUGAUGGCUUCCUGACCCUCCACGAGUUCUACACGGCUUUCCAGGUGGUCCAGCUCAGCCUCUCUCCUGAGGAGAGGGUCAGCAUGACCACAGUGACUGUGGGGCUGAGUACGGUGCUGACAUGUGCUGUCCGUGGAGACCUGCGGCCACCAAUCGUCUGGAAGCGCAAUGGGCUAACCCUGAACUUCCUGGACUUAGAAGACAUCAAUGACUUUGGAGAGGAUGACUCCCUGUACAUCACCAAAGUGACCACCAUCCACAUGGGCAAUUACACGUGCCAUGCCUCUGGCCACGAGGAGCUAUUCCAGACCCACGUCCUGCAGGUGAAUGUACCACCCGUUAUCCGGGUCUACCCAGAGACCCAGGCACAGGAGCCCGGGAUAGCAGCCAGCCUGAGAUGCCAUGCAGAGGGUAUUCCCAUGCCCAGAAUCACUUGGCUGAAAAAUGGUGUGAAUGUUUCAACCCAGAUGUCUAAACAGCUCUCUCUUUUAGCCAAUGGGAGUGAACUCCAUAUCGGCAGUGUUCGGUAUGAAGACACUGGGGCGUACACCUGCAUUGCCAAAAAUGAAGUAGGCGUGGAUGAAGAUAUCUCCUCACUCUUCAUUGAAGACUCUGCUCGAAAGACCCUUGCAAACAUUCUGUGGCGAGAGGAAGGCCUCAGUGUGGGAAACAUGUUCUAUGUCUUCUCUGACAACGGCAUUGUGGUCAUCCACCCUGUGGACUGUGAGAUCCAGAGGCAUCUCAAACCCAACGAGAAGAUUUUCAUGAGCUAUGAAGAAAUCUGCCCUCAAGCAGAAGAUGCCAUCCAGCCAUGCCAGUGGGCAUCUGCAGUCAAUGUCAGGAACCGGUACAUCUAUGUGGCCCAGCCAACACUGAGCAGAGUCCUUGUGGUCGACGUUCAAGCACAGAAAGUCCUACAGUCCAUAGGUGUGGACCCUCUGCCGGCUAAGAUAUCCUAUGACAAGUCUCAUGACCAAGUGUGGGUCCUGAGCUGGGGAGACAUGCACAAGUCCCAGCCAAGCCUCCAGGUGAUCACGGAAGCCAGCACCGGCCAGGGCCAGCACUUCAUCCGCACACCCUUUGCUGGAGUAGAUGACUUCUUCAUCCCCCCAACAAACCUCAUCAUCAACCACAUCAGGUUUGGCUUCAUCUUCAACAAGUCCGACCCUGCAGUUCACAAAGUGGACCUGGAAACGCUGAUGCACCUCAAGACCAUCAGCCUGCAGAGGCACAGCUGCGUGCCACAGGCCAUGGCCCACACACACUUGGGCGGCUAUUUCUUCAUCCAGUGCCAACAGAACAGCUCCACCCUAGCCACCCCCCAGCUGCUGGUUGACAGCGUCACAGACUCUGUGAUUGGCCCCAACUGUGACAUUACAGGCACCCCACACAUAUCUCCUGAUGGACGCUUCAUUGUCAGCGCCGCUUCCAACAGCCCCCGGCUGCAUGUGCAGGAGAUCACAAUGUGGGGGGAGAUCCAGACACUUUAUGACCUGAGGGUCCCCCAGGGCAUCUCAGCCUUGGCAUUCCAACGCUCCUUCACCGAGGGCAACCAGUACUAUGUCUACGCAGCCCUGGAGACAGAGCCUGACCUGCUGUUCCUAGAGCUGUCCACAGGGAAGACUGGAGUGCUGAAAAACUUAAAGGAGCCACCUGCGAGGCUGGCCCGGCCCUGGGGUGGGCCCCGCAGAAUCGUGAGGGACAGUGGGCUCUUCGGACAGUACCUCCUGACACCAGCCCAGGAGUCACUGUUUCUCAUCAACGGGCGGCAAAAUACACUGCGAUGUGAGGUGUCGGGCAUAAAGGGGGGGACCACGGUGGUGUGGGUGGGUGAGGUAUGA